AUGCAACCCCUCAUAGGGACCCCUGCGCUGCAGUCUGACGAUCUGAUAGCGGGGGGGCCCCAUGGGGGUGGGGGGGCCCUGACCCUGCAGCAAGCGGGCAGGGCACCCGUGCCUCGGCUCCACCUCCCGGCGGUUUCCUGCUGCGCCCAAGCAGACGCUGAAAGAGGUAGCUUGGAUUAUUCUUCUUCUCAGGCCCCAAAGACCUCUCGAAUUCAAGCCGGCGGGGUUGCAUGCGGCGCUCAUCGCCACCUUCAGCUUCGCUGGGACCGCGAUGCUGCUGCUUCAACUACGGAGUCAGUGCUGCACCUCUGCACCUACAGAGGGGACCCCCGCCGGGCCCUGCAGAUAGGUGUGGGGGUCCCCCAGGGGGGUUCCCAAGGGUCCCCCUCCGCAACGCCCUCUGCAUUGUUGCAUGCGUUCGCACAGGCAAAAUGUGUUGACCGACUGGGGGAAGGAGAAUCUCCGUUUUCUUCUCACAAAAAGAGGCAGCUCGAACAGGGUGUUCACGCCCUUAAGACAAUAAGAACCCCAGAUGGCGCGGGUGCGGAACUCAGGGGAAUUCGGGGGGUCUCUGCAAGUGCUGGUGGCCCCCGGAUUCCUCAUGCUGUAGCACAUGCAGCUGAGCAAGCUGAGGCCGAAGACGGUUGCUGCAGCUCUCAGCAGCAGCAACAGCAGCAGAAGCAGCAGCACCCUGUGGCUGCUCGACUUCGUCUAGAUCUCGGUUCUGUUGUGGGGGCUUUAGAAACCAGCCCUCGGAGCCCAAUGAGCUUAAGGGCCCCAUUAGGCGCCGCCUUGGUGGGCCCCUCCUCCCCCUGCAAAGGUGCCCAUAUGGGGCGUAUGCGGUGUCUCGACACUGCAGAGGCGGUAGCAGCACGAUGCUACACGGCUCGGUUGCAGCAGCACAACGAGUGGCACGCCGAGCGUUUUUCCCCGCUGCAGCUGCAGGCUCGGCGUCAGCAGCAACAGCAGCAGCAGCACCGCCGGGGUCAUCUGACAGCUCGUGCAUGUACGCUGGGAGCCCAAGGUUGGCCUUCCGGCAACAGUCACCUGCAGGGGGUUUUGCUUUGUAGUGAAAGGGCCCCCCGGAGCAACGUGCAGAGCUUGGUGCAGCAGCUUGAGGCCCGUCGUCUCCGCAGCAAAGGCGGAGGGGCCCUCCGUAGUUUGGGGAGCCCCCUUGCGUGCAGCACUGAGCGGGAUGCUGUGCGUUUCAGAGGGUCUCUAGGGAAAGACGCAGCAGCCACGGGAGCCGCUGAUGCCCUUCCUACAACUGCAGCAGCUGGAGGACUUGAAUCAGCACCAAGGGAUGCAGCGAUGCCAAGAGAGGGAGCAGGAGCUGCGGAGACAGCCCAGCAAACAACGGCCACCUGCGGGGCUGGUGGUGCAGGACAGAUGCCAUUGGACGAGAGUUGGGGGGCUGGGGGACCACAGGGCUGCCCCCUAGGGAGUCCCCUGCUGCAGGCAGCGUUGGCCCGGGGGGCCCCGGAGAAGGUAGUUGGAUCCUACCUAUUAGGAAGGACCAUUGGGGAGGGCACCUUUGGCAAAGUGCGAGUAGCAACGCAUGCACUGACAGGCGAAUGCGUGGCGGUGAAGGUCCUGGAGAAGGAAAAACUGAAAGCAGCAGAAGACGCAGAACGGGUCUUAAGGGAAAUACACAUCUUGAGGGCUGUGCGGCAUCCCCACAUUAUUCAUCUGCUAGAGAUCCUCGAGACGGCAUCACGUUUGUACCUCGUCAUGGAGCUGGCAAGCGGGGGAGAGUUGUUUGACUUUAUUGUGAAGAGGCAAAAAGUAGACGAGCAAACAGCCCGCCGUCUCUUUAGACAAAUCCUUUCGGGAGUGGAGGCCCUGCACUCCCUGUGCAUCUGCCACAGGGACUUAAAGCCGGAAAACCUGCUGCUGGACUCUGCCAUGAACAUCAAAAUUGUUGACUUCGGCCUCUCUAACAUAUACAGCCAUAAACCCAUGCUCAAAACUGCAUGCGGCUCGCCCUCUUACGCAGCCCCAGAGAUUGUGCAGGGCAAGCUCUACUCUCCUUUGGCUGUUGACAUCUGGAGCUGCGGGGUGAUUCUGUAUGCGUUGUUGGUGGGCCGUCUGCCUUUUGAGGAGAACACCACGGAGGGCCUUUACCGCAGCAUUGUCAGCGGGAAGUUCUGCUGUCCUGACCAUUUGAGUCCCGAAGCAUGUAGUCUCUUAAAAGGCAUUCUAAAUACUUGUCCUCUCAAGCGCCUUGGGCCCCUGCAGAUCAAGCAACAUCCCUGGUUGAGUGUUGGAAGGGCUCAGCACAUUCCUCAUAGCCUCUGUUCCUCGCGUUGGCCCUCUGGGCCCCCUGUAUGCUCCCUUAAGGACUGUCGCGCUUGCGCUGAGUGGCUCGCGCCUCCGUCAGCCCAGUUGAGGCGAGACGUCCUAGAACAAAUGCCACCCAGUAACUACUCUCUUGAGGCCCUCGAGUGUCACAUCCGCUGCCAUCCCGUCGGUGCCCACGCUGCCACAUAUUAUUUGCUGUGUCUCAAAAAAAGGCGGGAAGAAGAGGCAGCAGCUGCUGCAGCAGGUGCCGGGAAAGCAGUAGCAGUAUCUCGGCAGCAGCAUACGCCUCGUUCUGUGCCUUCUUCCAAGGGCCCCCCGUCGGCGACAGACACAGUGGCACCGCCGGCCGCCAGAAACGAGCCCACCAAAGACAACCUUUCUUCAAUUACACAUAAGCAGGAGCCCACUGCUGGUCCUCCCCUCGCCGCUGCGUCUCGAGUUUUGGAUCCUAGGGGGACCCGGAUGCCGCUGUCCAGGUCUGGAGGGGCCCCCAGGGAGGUCCCCAAGGCAGCCCCCAGCAAGGUUGUGACCUCCUUGGCUCAAAAGCGCAUGAAAGGUUCCUGCAGCUCCGAUGCCUCCUUGCAGCAGCGGCUGGAGCAACGACUUCAGCAGCAGCGGCAGCAGCACAAGCUGCAGCUCGCAGAGCAACUACUGCAGCCACUAGUCUGCCGCUCCACCAAAUCGCGCCCUGGUCCCAGCACCAGCAGCAACCCGACAGGUCUCAUACUCUCCUCUUCAGCGGACAUGUCUCCUCAGGCAAAGUGUGUUCAACUCUCACAAAGCGAGAGUGCAAGGGAGCCCGAGGGUUUAGAGACCCUCCAGCAACCCCAGGAAAAGCCCCCACCUGCAACACCAAGGCGUAAUCUACAGCCAAAGGAGGAGGGGACUGUGGAGCCCCCCAUAAGACAAAGCGCAGUGAAGCACACACAGGCCCCUAGGGAGGUAGGGCCCGACCUGCUGCAACAGCAGGAGCAGGGACUGUCUCCGACACAGAAACAAUUUGAGCCCGUUGUGCAGCAGCAGCAGCAGAAUCAGCAGGAGCAACGGCACAGCAGCCAACACCAAAGCCUCCCACAGCAGCACCCACCACAGAGAGUUGCAGUGGAGACAGAUCAGACUCUUCCACAGCAAAAGACGAGCUGUACAGCUCUGCAGCUCACGCAGCUAAUGAUGCGCACCAUGUAUGUGACGCACCAUCAGCAGCUUCGUUUGCAGCAGACUGCGGAUCUAGAGGGGACACCUGUAACAGACAACUACCCCCUCAGGGGCCUGCUCACCGCUCGCGGACAUCAACCGCACAGUGCGACACUGAGCUGUCUCCUAGGCCCGCCCCCUGCCAGCCCUGGCCGUGCGCUCCAAUCUCUGUUGUCUCCACGCUGCCUUCUUUCUGGUGGUGAGCUUCGCUGCAAAGCCAGCACGCAGCAGCGGCAGCAGGUGGGCAAUGCGUCUGCAUCAGUAGGUUCCGCCGCUCCUUGCAGCAGCCCUUCGAUGCACCAAGACGCGUCGGCGCAUGCAGACACACCGCAGAGCCAGCAGGCAGACGCCCAAACAUCUACUGCUCCAAGACCCACAGCUAUAAAGUCGACGUUUUCACGGAGAGAAGGGGCGGCACUGCCAGGCACGAUGCCUUGCGCUUAUAAAGGUGUUGCCAACACUCCUUUACUAAAGGAAGACAAAUGCAAACGCAUGCAAGCGGAAGAUCAGCAGCAAAUUCAGGGGGCUGCAGACGCAACAGCAGCUGCAAGUUCAACACCCGGAAUUCCUAAUGCGUACUCCAGAAGCCCUACCUGCAUCAAAAAGGGCACCAGCAGUUACAGCAGCAGCAGCAGCAAUUCGUGCGCACCUACGGGCAAGCCAACACGGGCCGCCAGCUUAACAUCAUCUUCAGAGGGAGCAGGCAUGCGGAAUCGGAAGCCCCCGGGUCCCAUUGGCUGCGUCUCGCUGCAAAAGCAGCAACGACAAAACCCACUACAGCGCGGGCAGCAACCCCCUUUUCUGCACUCCAGUACAUGGCAAACAAAGCGAGGCUCCAUACGGGGGGAGCAGCAGCGGCUGAUAGCAGCAGCUACAGGACGCAGCGCGACAGCAACAAACACCCCCAGGGCCCCUUCCCGAGGAGAGGCCACCACCGUGGGCCUCCCUGUGGCAAAGGCCCAGGGGAAGGCUGGGGUCUCAAAGGGACCUCCCAAGAGAGUAGCCCCUUUGCGUUUGUCUCUUAGCACAGGCUGCGCCUUACCAGCUAUAGCGGCGGCAGCAACAGCAGCUUCUUCUAGCAUGGUAGAACGAAGGCCAGUUGGUGUUUGUCUAGAUGAUGGACUGAGGAGGCGAUCGUUGGAGGGGCCGCCGCACAGGGGCUCCCUAACUGCCAGAACUUCUAUUAGGUCCGGGGUCCCUGCAGGUGGAAAAGCAGCAACAACACCCAGCAAAGACACGAGGAGGCUGGGGAGCAGAUUUGGAGAGGGGAAUGGGAAGGCACAAGACUCGGAAAAACCCUUUGGUAUUAGAGCCAACUCCAGCGCCUUUAGCAGCAGGGCCCUUCAGCCUCCUCUGUCCGCUCGAAAACCCAGUUCGAGCUCCAAACAGCUGCCUCAGAAUGCAGCAGCAACUGGUGUGACCCGCGUCCCUCCGCGAUCAGUGGUGCCUGCGGGAGCCCCAGCUGCUGCAGCAAAGGCAACAACAGCAACAACAACAGGAACUCUUCUGCUGCAGAGUCGGCACCGCUCUUUGACAGCUGAAGGCCUGCCAAGCGAUCGCUCACAGGCCCCUGUGAGUACCUGUGGUAUUUUCACAGGGACUACAGCUGCCCAGAAAGCAACUACAGCCUUCAAGGGCUACCAAGAUGACAGUCGCAUGCAGAGGAUCUGCCGAACAGGAUCAACCACCACCAGUCUAACGAGGAGAUCCGCAGCCGGAGGAGGGCUUCCCCAAGGAGCAGGAGCAGCCGCCUUUACUUCGGGGUCCGGAGAGGGGCUUAGGCCUGCAGCUGCUCCAGCAAGCAACAGAACAUUGGAGGGGCGUGCAAAAGUCAGUGCAAGGAGCACAACGUCCAGCACUAAACGCUCCAACAGCGGGGUCCCGGGACUGUUAGCCCCUCCAAAGGCUACCAUUGUGUCUAGAGGGGGCCUCCAUCCAAUGUCACUGCUGUCUACAAGAGCCUCUGUGCAGCUGACUCAUUCAAACAGGAAGCAGCAGUUGCAACAGCAACAAUCCCAGCAGCAACAGCAGCCUAAGCGAGGGUCUCUGCUUCGUUGCAGGACAGCGGGGACUGCUGACGAAAACCGAAAGAACGGUCGGAAACCGUUCCAAGGGAUACCCAGCAACCGCAGCAGCCUCCCGAAGGGAGCAUGCUGA